CCCGUCGAUGUCUGGCCAACAUGCUGAUAGAAAAAGAAGCCUUGAGUCAGCCACAGUCUCCACAGUGUACCUCAAUUAUCCACGUGCCUCUAAUAGUGUACAAAACACUGUCUGUCGACACUAAAAAACUCCUCUUUAAAAGCUGUCUACAAGUCAUGAUGUCUUGGGAAGACCCAGACUUAUCAUGGGACACAUCAGUCUAUCAGUAUGAUACAGUGGUUCUGCCUGUCAGGAAAAUCUGGACUCCAGAUCUCCAUGUUGCUAAUGGGGUGCAAACAAAUACAACGCACGGUAACCAGGAUUUGCUGGUGCACAGCAACGGGACAAUAGAGCACAGUGUCAUCAUGAACACUCUGGUGCAGUGUCAGGUCAACUUGUACAAGUACCCUUUUACAUCAGAUGACUGUGCCAUCGCUAUCAAUGCGUGGGCACUUAAUGGAUGUGGCAUGCAGCUGAAGUUUGGAAAUGUGAACAUAACUACGGCAGACAGUGGGGACUGGCUUACUGAAGCAGUGGAACUUAAUGCUCAAGGAGAAAGGAAUGAUCGCAACUAUCUAUUGGUGUCGCUGAAAAUGCGCUCUGAAAACCAGUUCCUGUCCCUGGUCUUGCCCAGUAUACUGAUAACCUUGGCUGAUGUGGUCAGCUACGCCCUUCCGCUGGGCAAUCGCAUCGGCUUCAAAGUUAAACUGAUGCUGAGCUUUGUCAUGUUCCUCAACUUGCUGAGCAACUUUCUGCCGGGAGGAGGCCAAUGCAGCCCCAUUAUUGAAUGCCACUUUGCGUUCUGUUUAAUCAUCCUGGUGUUGAGCACAUUGCAGUCGAUGGUGGUGACACGUCUGGCCAAGUGUGGCACUCUCCUUCCCGGCAGCCUCUCCAAGUCCAAACAUACCAAUCUUAAAGACAAUGGAGAAAAUGGGGAUGAAGAACCUGAGACUAACAUUUCUGUAAUAGAAAUGAAAGACUCAAAGAAAAGGAAGAAUAAACCCCUACAAAAGCUUUUGAAGCUUCUCAAAAACAUUAGUGCAGAAGAUGACAAAGCUGCAAGAAACCAUUGCUUUGCCAACAAAGUGGACAUGAUCUGUCUUUGCAUCUAUCUCAUCAUCCUCAUUGUCUACACAGCUGUCAUGGCAUAUUACUACUUUGGUUCACCAUGCAAAAUCGACCCUUUGGGAUUCUGGAACUAAAUCAUACAUUUGUUGUUAAAGUUAAUAUUCUUCUCUCAUUGCGUUUGUUGAGUUUCCGGGUGAAAUAAAUGCAUUAACUCAUUGGGUUAGGAUUAGUGGUUUCAGGCUGGGUGUCUGUAAAAGCACUUACUACAGGAUGUAAAUAGGGCUUUAUAAAAUACAUUUGAUUGAUUGAAUAAAUGUGUGAUUUUCCAGAUCUAACAUUAUUUGUAUCAGGAAAUUUGGAAUUAAACAUUUACCGAUUAGAACUCUAAUGUAUACAUGGAAAGGGGGCUGUAAAAUUACACAGUAGCUUGGAAAGAAAUGUUUUCUCCUAUAAAGAUAGUAAAAGCUUCAAUCUGACUUUCGUAAUUCCUUGUUGCUUUUUCUUC